AUGCCGUCCCUCACACUGCUACUUGUGCUCAGUACCUUACUGGAGCUCUGGCCACUCUGCCCGGUCCGGGCCAGCCCGCACUGGCGCUACAAGCGAGCGCUGGUGUCCCGCGCGGAGAGGCGGCGGAGCGGCCCAGGGGAGGAGCGCUGCUGGACGGCGGAGCGAGGAGCCAGGAGCCGCCGGCGGCGGCGGCGGCAGGAGCAGGAGGUGGUGGUGCUCGCGGGAGACGGGCAGCGGGGAGCUCCGUGGAGCCCGUCCCCACCCUGGGCUCCGGAUCACGGGCAGUCCCGGGGAGGAGGCGGCGCCGGGGAUAGCAGCUCGACCCCGGGAGGCUGCAGCCUCGCUGCCCGGCGCUCCGGAGCUGCAGGAUGCGAACCCCUGCACGGCACCGUCCUCUACCUCUCCGGGGGCAAGGAGCGCCUGAAGCCGCGGCGAGAGGUCAGCAUCCCCCGGGGACCUUUCACCGCCGACAUGUGGCUGAAGCCGGAGGGAGGUCAGAACAACCCGGCAGUAGUGGCAGGACUUUUUGACAACUGCUCCUAUUCACUUAGUGAGAAGGGCUGGAUGGUUGGCAUUCAGUCAGUGGAACAUUCUGGAAGGAGGAAUCCCCGUUUCUUCUUCUUGCUCCGGACAGACCGAGCGAGGAACGCCACCGUGGUGUUUGCCCACCAGCGUUACCAUGCCAACAGCUGGACGCGUGUGGCUGUGUCCUACGAUGGCCGGCGGAUGAUGCUGUACAUCAAUGGAGCCAGGGUCGGCGCCUCCGGUGGCCAGCUGGGGGAUCUGCACAGCGCUUUUAUGAGCUCCUGCAGGACAUUGCUGAUCGGCGGGGACAACUCCCAGGAUGGGCACAGUUUCCGUGGUUACCUAGCUAGCUUCACCCUGUGGAAGACCGCAAAGUCUCAGAAAGAGCUGACGUGGAGUUAUCGUCACGGUAUUCCUGUGGGAGAUCCUUCCUUGGUCUUGGAGGCAGAUUUCUCUAAAACAGAAGACCAAUGGAUACCGGAUAAGGACAGUCACUACCCCAGCUGGGAGCUGAUGCUUCUUCCACGGCCCAAACUGACGUCUGCUCUGAGCCCUCUGCCUUGUGGCCUGACUGUUUGUGACAAUGUUGAUGUCAUUGGCAACUACAACGGUUACUGGCCGCUCCGGGACAAGAAGGUCAUCCGCUAUCGAGUAGUCAAUGUUCAUGAUGACCAGCGGCGCAACCCCACUGUCACCGGGGAGCAGAUCGAGCUCCAGCACCAGGCCCUGAACAGGGCCUUCGGCAGGUACAACAUCACGUGGGAGCUCAGCGUCGCCGAGGUCCUCAACACCACCCUCCGCAACCGAGUCAUCCUGGUCAACUGCGAGAAGAGCAAGAUCGGCAAUGACCACUGUGACCCCGAGUGCGACCAUCCCUUGACUGGCUACGAUGGAGGGGACUGUCGGUUCCUGGGGAGGUGCUACGUCUGGAAAAGGAGAGACGGGGUCUGCAACAUGGAGUGUAAUAACAUCCUGGAUGACUUUGACGAUGGGGAUUGCUGCGACCCCUCGAUUACUGACGUGAGGAAAACCUGUUUCGACCCAGACUCUCCAGAAAGGACCUACAUGAGUGUGAAGGAGCUGAAGGAGACACUGCAGAUCAAUGGCUCGAUGUACCUGAACGUCUAUUUUGCGAACUCGGUGAGGGAGGAGCUGGCAGGAGCUGCCACCUGGCCCUGGGAUAAAGAAGCCUUGAGUCACUUAGGUGGGGUUGUCCUGAACCCAUCCUACUAUGGGAGGCCUGGCCACACCAACACCAUGAUCCACGAGCUGGGUCAUAUACUGGGCUUGUACCACGUUUUCAAAGGAGUGAGCGAGAAGGAGUCAUGUGACGACCCGUGCAGGGAGACCGUGCCUUCGAUGGAGACCGGGGACCUGUGCGCCGACACCGCACCAACCCCUAAGAGCAAACUCUGUCGGGAUCCCGACCCCGUAAAUGACACGUGUGGGCAAAUGCAAUAUUAUGACACGCCGUUUGACAACUACAUGAGCUACACAGAUGAUAGCUGUACGAAUAGGUUUACACCAAAUCAAGUGGCUCGUAUGCAUUGUUACUUGGACCUAGUGUAUCAAGGCUGGAUUCAUUCUAAAAAGCCAUCUCCCAUUGCAAUGGCUCCAGAAGUGAUCAAGCAGACCGUGAACUCUGUAACCAUUCACUGGCUGCCUCCAAUUAGUGGGAUGCUGUAUGAAAGAGAGAUGGGAAGCCUAUGUGGAGACUGUGAUGGGGAUGGAAGAUUCUAUCAAUAUGCAAGCACUGCUUCUUCACCACGUAUCUGUGAUGCAUCAGGCUACUGGACUCCUGAAGAGGCAGUGGGGUCUCCCGAUGUGGACGAGCCGUGUGAGCCGAGCCUGCGGGCCUGGAGCCCGGAACUGCACCUCUACCACAUGAACAUGACGGUGCCCUGCCCCCAGCCAGAGGGCUGCAUGCUGGAGCUGCUGUUCGGCCAUGCUGUGGUGGCGGACUCGCUCUCGGUGUGGGUGACCUACCUGUCAGCGAGGGCGGGUGAGACCAUCACCAGUGUGGAGAUCCUGACCGUCGACGGUGAGGACAUUCGGCUCGGCGGGCCGUACCACACCUUCUGUGACAUCCCUCUCACUGUUAAAGUCAACGUCAAGAAGAGAGUGGUGGGGGUGAAGAUCUACACCUUCGACGAGAAGCUAGAGCUGGAUGCCGUGCUGUUGACCUCCAGGGUCCAGGAUCCCCUGUGCACCAAGUGCAAGUCCCUGAAAUACAAGGUUGUGAGGGAACCUCCAUUUCACAUGGGGCAGACAGUGACUGUUGCUCAGGCGGAGAGAACCUUCACUGACUGGGAGGUUGUCCCAGGCAGACUUUACAGUUACCAAGUGAAGGUAGCAGCUGGAUCUGCUUCGAGUGAUCUCACCCCACCUCUUCUCUACGUACACGGCAGCCAUUUUUGUGGGGACGAACGAGUGGAAAACAACCUCGGAGAAGAGUGUGAUGAUGGUAAUUUAUUAGACGGCGAUGGCUGUUCAAGGCGGUGUCAGAUAGAGGAACAUUUUAACUGUCUGGGCGAGCCCAGCCUCUGUUAUGUUCACGAUGGGGAUGGAGUCUGUGAGGAGUUUGAGAGGAGGAGUAGUGUUCGUGACUGUGGCUUUCCGACACCAGAGGGUUUCACUGACCAGUGGGCAGCACAGGCCUUCAGCCCUCACCAGGAUGACAGGAGGUGUCCGGUUAAAGUGGUAACUGGCCAACCUGCCUUAACCAAGGUCUGUCAGACUGAAUUUCUGGAUGUGAAUGAUGGGCUGUCCCAAUAUGCCUGGUUUCCAUGUACUGUUCCCUUCUACACUGUUAAUGAAUGGGACUUUAACCAGCACUCUUCAUACCACAACUCUGAUGCUGAAAACAAGCUGUGGCUGAAGGUCAGUUUUGAUCACCCUGGUGUGGCCAGCUCGAUUCUAAUUUAUUUAUCUGCAGAUGGUACAACACUGUAUGACCAGCACCGCAAAUCGGUUACAGUCCAGCUCAUUGACACCAAUGGACGCAACCACACUUUGGGUACUCACGCACUGAACUGCCAGAGAAACCCACUGAUCAUAAAUGUCACUUACAAGCACAACCUCCCCUUCUAUAAGACGGCCUCGAUGCUGCUGAACCUGUCCUCCCCACUCAUAGCUGUCUCUGGGAUAGCUCUGCGGACGUACAGCCUUUUCAAUUCCAUUGCCUUGUCCAACUGUGUUGACCAAGAAGGAUACAAGAAACACAAGAACAGUUGUGUGCAAUGUUCCUAUGAUCAAGAGCAGUGUGAAAAGUUGCCAGUGAUGCACGCAGCUGUGAACUGCACUGUACAUAAUGGCGUGCAAAUGGAAUGCCUUGUCGCCUGUGCUAAAGGGUUGGCUUUGAAGGCCAUAUGUGGCAAACACCUUGCUCCUCUUCAGACGGAGGUUUCCCUUAUUUGCAUGUAUGGAAAAUGGGACCGCCUUGUGACCUGUGACCCCGUUGACUGUGGUUUCCCUGACCAGUCACACGUUUACCAUGCCAGCUUUUCCUGCCCUGAGGGUACCACCAUUGGAAAGCAGUGUACGUUCUCCUGCAAGCCACCAGCUAAACUGCAAGGAGAGAACCAUUCGUUGAUGUGUAUGGCAGAUGGCUUGUGGUCACUGCCCGAGGCGUACUGCAAGGUGGAAUGCCAUAUACCGCCACCAAUCACUAAUGCCAAGCUGCUAGUGCCAAAGUGUCAACAGGGAGCUCAUGACGUUGGUUCUGUCUGCAGAUACAAGUGUGCCCCUGGCUACUAUGUCCUUGGGAAUCCCGACAAGAGAUCCAGAAAAAAGUUGUUGAAGCUGCAGUGUUUGGAAGGUGGACAUUGGGAGGAAGGUGGCUGUGACCCCGUGUUGUGCGAUCCUCCUCCUCCAGUCUUUGAGGGAAUGUACGACUGCACCAAUGGUUUUGAAUUUGACAGCAUCUGCAUUAUUCACUGUUAUGACCGCACUGAAAAGGAACCCAUCCGUUGCACUAAAGACGGCACGUGGACUGAAGACUUUACACUCUGUGAGCAGGUGCAUGGAGACUGCCUACCACCUCCUGAGCUGAACUUGGUAGAAUAUAUAUGCGCGGACGGCCAUGCAAUAGGUUCAGUGUGUGUUCCAUCAUGUCUGAUCCCACCCAGCGACGCAGUGGUUUUGCCUGAUAAUAUAACAGCAGACACUAUGGAGCAUUGGAUGGAACCACCCAAAGUGCAGGCUAUGGUGUGCACAGGAAUGCUGCAGUGGUAUCCAGACCCUCACUUUAUCCACUGCAUCCAGUCGUGUGAGCCUUUCCAUGCUGAUGGUUGGUGUGACACAAUCAAUAACAGGGCGUACUGUCACUACGACGGAGGAGACUGCUGCUCAUCGACACUUUCUUCCAGAAAGGUCAUCCCUUUUGCUGCUGACUGUGACGAACAAGAUGAAUGUACCUGCCGGGACCCCAAUGCUGAGGAGAACCUUCACAAAGAACGGGAGCUCAGAUUUCAUUAACACGGUAGAGAG